GCUGCUGCAGCAGCUGCAAGGAUUCAACAACAUUUAGAAAGAGAAAAUAAUGUUCCACUAAAUAUCGCCAUCACAGGAGAAAGUGGAUCUGGUAAAUCCACCUUUGUUAAUGCCCUCAGAGGGCUGUCCAAUGAUGAUGAGAAAGCUGCGCCUACUGGUAUUACAGAAACCACCAAUGAGGUCACACCGUACCCCCAUCCAAACUAUCCCAAUGUUAAAUUAUGGGAUCUUCCUGGAAUCGGCACCACCAAGUAUCCAGCUAAGAAGUACCUGAAGCUUGUUGGAUUUGAGAAGUUUGACUUCUUCAUCAUCAUCUCAGCCGAUCGCUUCAGAGAAAAUGAUGUGAAACUCGCUCAGGAGAUUCAUAAGAUGAAGAAAAAGUUCUACUUUGUUCGAUCAAAGAUUGAUGAAAAUUUACGCGCCGAAAAAAGACAGAGACACUUCAGUGAAGAGGAGACUCUUACAAAAAUCAGAGAAGACUGUGUUCACAGACUCAGAGGAUUAGGCAUCGAGUCUCCAAAGGUCUUCCUAGUGUCCAGCUUUCAGCUCAAACUGUACGACUUCUCUCUCUUGCAGCAGACCUUAGAGAGAGACCUUCCUAAAAACAAGAGGGACACUCUGCUGUUCGUCAUGCCCAACAUCAACCCAGAGAUCAUCAUCAAGAAGAAGAAAGCUCUGAAGUCCACAAUAAUAUGCUAUGCUCUUGGAUCUGCAGCUGGAGCAGCUGUUCCAGUUCCUGGUGUUUCUAUUGCUGUUGAUGCUGCUUUGCUGAUUGGUGCUGUCACACAUUAUGUUCAUGCGUUUGGUCUCGAUAUCCCGUCUCUGAAGAGAUUGUCUGACAGAACAGAUGUGCCCUACGCUGAUCUGCGUGCCGUCAUCAUUUCACCACUGGCUGCAGUAGAAAUAACUGCAGGGCUCCUCAUCAAGGUUUUGACCCAAGUGGGACGCACAGCUACAUUAAUUGUAGCAGAGGAAGCAUCCAGAUUUGUUCCCAUUGUUGGAAUCCCAUUAGCAAUGGGCUUCUCUUUCGGCACAACCUACACAAUUCUGAAAUCGAUCCUCAACCAGCUUGCUGAUGAUGCUCAGAAGGUGUUUGAAAGAAUUUCAGUCUGAACACAUCAGUGUGAAUUUGUAAAUUAAAGAUGAGUGAAACAAAAGAGUACAAAUUAAAUUAAUUGAAAUCAUUAAAUAUAAAUAUAUUGAAACCAAAUCAUGUCGCAGCUGCAUAUCUGAGCCAUUAUCCUACUAUAGCUGAUAAAUGUAUCAGAGGCCUCAGCAGGUCUCAUUUCUUCUCAUCACAUCAAUACAGGAACAAAUGUGAUGUUUUUAUUCAGAUAAAACCUGCUAGAAGAGCUGCUGAGUUUUUUUUCUAACCCUUUGUCUGAC